UUGUCAGAUACGUUACUUCCCGUCAUUGAACGAUAGGAAUUACCAGAACGAGUUGUUUCCUUACAACAGGCCGCAGCAAGAGAUCGGUUUUCCGAACGCAAGAAUGGCUAUAUUACCAACAACAGAGACAAAUGUGUUUCGUUCGCCUCAGGAAUGGAUUCAGAGAGUGGCAUCGCCCGUGCAGUUACAGUUGACAGCGUCUUCCUCGUCACCUUUGUCAAUCUGCACACCAUUGCAACCAAUUCAUGAUACUACAAUCGCCCAUCGUCCCUUGCAGAUGUACGAAAAAUUUUUGCCUUGUGCUCAGCCGAAUUCGACGACACCCAUACCCGUGUAUCAGCGACCAAUGGAACUAUACCAGGAGCCGCUGCUGAAACGGAAGAAUCAAGGGGUCGACUUCAAUAAUCUCAUAUUAUUAACGAAGAAUAGUAUCAAGACGCGACGCGGUCACACGAAGCCCGCUAUUCAGCAGCCUUUUCUUUUGGAUUCCAGACAGAGCCUGAAAACCUCCAGUCACAAAGCGCAAAUGCAGUGGCUCGACAGAGAUUACAGUGCAAAGAAGACAAAGGAGGUCGUGACUGUAAAUGCGCUCGUAUCCGAACUUCGUAGCUUUGAGGAGAAAUAUGAAUACUGCAAAGGAACCAACACCAGCUGGAGAAUGACCGCUGAAUCACCGCAAGGCCAACAAAAAUCGUCUGAAACCGCUUCGUUCCGUUUGAAGGAUAGAAUCCUCGAGAACGAGAGUUUUAGAUGCAGGUCGAAAGAUAAAUUCUUUGAAAAUGAAAAAUCAAGAUAUAGAACUUCGGACGCUGCAGAGAAAGACAGGAGAAUGAAGCGGCCGCUUUAUAGGGACGUGCUGGCAAAUGAAGCGGCGUCUGCGAACGAAGCGGUCCUGGAUAAUAUCUUCGAGAAGAGGUACGACGAGCUCGAGCAGCAAGCAAUGGAACAAUACAGGAACUCAGAGGAGUCGUUAGCGCUCAAAUACCAAGAGUUGGAACGUCAAGCGAUGGAACAGUAUGGAAAUAACAACGGGGGAGACGAAAAGCACUCGACGGAUCAGGAUUGUCUCGAUGGAUGUUCAGGAUACGGACACUGUAGUCCCUUGAAAGGACAAUCAGAGAAGAAGGGUUCUUGUUUUCCGCAAAUCACACUUUUGAAGCCAAAGGGUAAAUCCAUGCCGAAUGUAUACCACGGGUCGUCGUGUAAUGACAGUAAUUCUCAAGCAGCCAUUGCUUCAAGAAGUUUAUCUAUGUUGACUGACGGAUCGUCGAAAGAAUCGAAAAACAUAUGUAAGGGUGCAUCAGGAGAUAAAAUCGAUACGAAUGUUCGAGCAUCAUCGAAGCGGCGUCUGAUACUGAUGUCACCCUUCGAACGCAAAUCAGAGGCCAGACGAAUAAUAAAGACAACGGAACUGCGAGAUAUUUACUCAUUCUCCCAAACAAGAAAGAAUAUACUCAACUAUUGCCGGACUUCCGAUAUCGCCCAGAAUGGCAGUGGUGAUGAAAAUAUAACCUUAUUACAGUCACCCGACACUGAAGUUUGGUUGUCCGGAUUCUGGACCACUUAGAAGAAAUUCAACGAAUUUUUUUGAGAAAAACUAAAUGAAAAUAGAAGUUCCUUUGCGAAGACAACGUCGGUGGAUUGAACUGAAGAAAUUCUUCAGAAAAAAAAAAUCAUGAUUUGUAAUAUAAUUAAUAUUAUAGGCACAUAAUAUGAAUAUACAUGUAUGUAUGGAAAGUAAGUUAUAAU